AUGAUCACUCAUUUGAAGCCGACUGAUUUCAAAGUAAAAUCGUUGACCACGAUUGCGACUCCCCAUAGAGGCUCUGCUGUUGCAGACUUCGUCCUCAAGCAGAUUGGCGAUGACCGCCUUGCCCAGCUGUACUAUGCUCUAGACCGGCUCAAGGUAGAAACGGGCGCGUUCGCCCAACUAACUCGUGACUAUAUGACGAACACCUUCAACCCCGCAACGCCAGACAUUGAAGACGUUCGAUACUUUUCGUACGGGGCGGCAAUGCAGCCAAGUUUCUGGUCCGUCUUCCGUCUAUCCCACCGUCUUCUGGAACAAAUAGAAGGGUACAAUGAUGGACUUGUCAGCGUUGCCAGCAGCAAGUGGGGAGCAUACAAGGGCACCCUGGAGGGCGUCAGCCACUUGGACUUGAUCAACUGGAGCAAUCGACUCAAGUGGCUGGCCGGAGAAAUUACAGGCAACAGACAGAGGUUCAACGCCAUUGCAUUCUACCUUGAUAUUGCAGACAUGCUCGCUAAGGAAGGACUCUGA